CAGCAAUACAACAGCAUAAAAGAGAAUAACCAAAGAAGAAGAUACAGAUAAAGAAAGAAGAUGUCUAUUUAAUUGUGUGUCGCGAGUUCCUGGCACGGUGCCGCUGAUGUUUAUAACCAGCAGUCGAGUGUGUCAAGAUCAUUUAUCAACACCUUAUUCAAUAACUUCAACUAGUAAUUCAUAUAAAUUUAAAAUGAAUAAAAAAUUAUUUACUGUUAAAAUUAUUUGCUUUUUAAUAACUAUAUUUAUAUUUAGUAGUGUUGCUAGUGGUGAUGAUGAUAAAAGUAAUAAUAAUUUUAAUGAAUUUAAGAGAAAAAAAAAACAAUUAUCAACGUUAUCUUCUCCUUUAUUAAUGAAAUUAAAAAAUGAUCGUUAUAUUGAAUUGAAAGAUCCGCCAAUUUUACGUGUUACACCUAUAUCACUUUUUGAUUUAGAUUAUAAAUCAAGUCAGGAAGAACUUUAUGAAGAAAUGGAUGAGUUACUAAAGUUAAAACGUAAAUUAAAUUCGGAGGAUGAAAAUUAUAAAAAUAAAAAUUUUAAUAUUAAAAGAGGUGAUAUGGAUCCUACGGUUGAUUAUUCAGUGGUGCUGGAGGAUAAAAUUGAUGAUAAAGUUCCAGUGAGAGGUGACAUUGUUACUCGUAAUAAAAGAUCUCAUCAUCAAUAUCAUAAUAAUAAAAAUAAUGAUGAUUAUGAAUAUUAUGGUGAUAAUUAUGAUAACGAUCAACUUUGGGGAUUUGAUGAAGAUGAUGGUAUUGAUUUAAUUGAUCAAGAGUAUAAUGAUAAUUAUUAUCAGGAUAAUAAAAAUGAUAAUAAUUUUGUGAACGAAUUUAAAAAUAAAGUAACAUCACUGGAAUCGAAUAAAAAAAUAAAUAUAAAUAAUAAUAGACAGGAAGAAUUAGAAAAAAAAUUGCAGGAUUAUAUUGCUCGUAAUCGUCCAAUAGUAAUAAAUAAUCGAAAAAAUAAUAAGGAUAAUUAUCAAGAGAUGAUUAAAAAAUUAAAUGAAAUUCCUGUAUCAGCAAGAAUAAUAAUAGACAAAAAUAAAAAUUCAUUAUCAUCACCGUCAUUUGAAACAAGAAAUAAUUUUGAAAGGGAUGUUGAUUUUCCUGUAAUAAAUCCGAAUCGCAAAGGAAUCCAAGUACCGAAUUUUCCAGUUGUCUCAUCAAGACCAUUGUCAUCAUCAUCAAUUUCAGCGCAACCAGGACCUUGUAUUUGGGCAAUUGUACAGUGUUGUCCUAGUUUAUCUUCCUCCUCCACAUCCAAGGAUAAUGUUGUUGAUCAUCGAGUGAUCAAGUGUUUCGAGUACAUGGCUUGUCCAGGUGUUGUAAAUUGGAACAACCCCAGCCCGUGUCAAGGAUCUAUUGCUAAUGCUGCCAGAGCUGAGGUUCUCAAAUACUACUCUUAUCGUUCCUAAUAUUUUUUUUCUAAUAUUAUAUUCUAUAUAGAUUUUUAACAUCCUAUAUUCUACAUAUAAUAUAUUUUUAUUAACUCUAUUAUUGAUUUUUAAAUAUUUUUUUUU